AGUACCAGGGUAGGUAGGAGAGAGAGAGAGAGAAAGAGAGAGAGAGAGAAGGGAGGGUAGAGGAGCCGAUGGUUAAAGCAGGUGUAGCCUAGCCUUCUGAGACAGUCAAACGAGAGGUUCAUAUUGAUUUAUGUUUUCCACGAACGUAUGCUUUUUAAUUUUAAACGACGCGAACAUCAUUGUUUCUGCAGCAGGCUGCAUCGAUACGCCUUGGGGCUUCACACCGACAAAUGAUAGGCUGGAUUGUAUAGGGUAAAUUCAUAACUAAGUAUAGCUGGAAUUCACUGUGUAGAAAGGGGAGGAGGCUAAUUAUGAUCCGAGGAUGAUUUCUGCCAAGAAAACUCCAGAGAAGUGUCGUUAUCCUAUCCACUAUUUGGUGUGGCACAACAAACACCGACAGCUGGAGAAAGAGCUGGCAACGAAUGAGCAGAUUGAUCUAGAGUCCCUAGACCCCCGUGGCCGGACCCCUCUCCACCUGGCUGUGACACUGGGCCAUCUUGACUGUGCUAGAGUCCUGCUGCAGCAUGGAGCUGACAGCAGCAAGGACAACCGCAAUGGUUGGACUGUUCUCCAGGAGGCUGUGAGUACCAGAGAUCCAGAGUUAGUGCGUCUUGUGCUUCGUUACCGAGACUACCAGAGGACAGCCAAGAGGCUGGCGGGUAUCCCCGUCCUGCUGGAGCGACUGCGCAAGGCUCAGGACUUCUAUGUGGAGAUGAAAUGGGAGUUUACCAGCUGGGUUCCCUUGGUGUCCCGGAUCUGCCCCAGUGACACCUACAGGGUCUGGAAGAGUGGCCAGUGUCUCCGUGUUGACACCACCUUGAUGGGCUUCGACCAGAUGACCUGGCAGAGAGGAAACAGAAGCUUUAUUUUCAGAGGAAGAGAUUCCAGUGCAGAAGUUCUGGAGGUGGACCACGACAGACAGCUGGUCUACUGUGAGACCCUGUGUGUCUCGUCUCUAGCCGCACUCACACCUGCCCAGCUGAAUGGCAGUGCAUGCAGUGACACUGUAGCUGGACUGGGCCGUCUGGGGGUGGCACAGCCCAGUGACGAGCAGGUAGCAGGAAGAUUAUCGGCCCCUGUGGUGACCACUCAGCUGGACACGCGCAACAUUGCCUUUGAGAGGAAUAAGACGGGUAUACUGGGCUGGAGGAGUGAGAAGACGGAGAUGGUGAAUGGAUAUGAAGCCAAGGUGUAUGCGGCCUCUAAUGUAGAACUGAUCACCAGGACCAGAACAGAUCAUCUCUCUGACCAGAACAAGAACAAGGUGAAAGGUGGUAAGACUCCACUGCAGAACUUUCUUGGCAUUGCAGAGCAACACAUGGGGCCCAGCAAUGGGGCCCUGGUUACCCAGAUGUCUUGUCCUGCUGUGACCAAUCCUGCAGCACUGACAGCUGAGGAAUACUUCAACCCCAGCCUUUCACCAACUCAGAGGGACAUCGGCCAUCCUUGCCACCUCACCACCAAGACCCAGAGGUUUAAAGCCAAGCUGUGGUUGUGUGAGUCCCAUCCUCUGUCCCUGGCAGAACAAGUGGUACCUAUCAUCGAUCUCAUGGCCAUCUCAAACGCCCUGUUUGCCAAGCUUCGUGACUUCAUUACUCUGCGCUUGCCACCUGGCUUCCCUGUCAAGAUUGAGAUCCCUCUCUACCACAUCCUGAAUGCCAGGAUCACAUUCAGUAAUGUGAACGGCUGUGAUGAAGGAGCUGGUAUACGUACUGACAAUGAAGCUGGAGUGGAAGGGGAGGGACAGAGAGACACUAUGAGGACAGACACCCCAUCUCCAGGAAGUGACUCCUCCAGUGUAUCCAGCUCCAGCUCAACAAUGUCAUGUCGAGCUGGAGAGAUUCCCCCAUGUGUGUUUGAGCCCCCUCCUGGAUACACCAUGCUGGGCGGCAAACAGAGAGACAGCAUGAGGGAUGAGGAGGAGGACCUACUUCAGUUUGCAAUACAGCAGAGUCUGCUGGAAGCCGGAUCUGAAUAUGAUCAGGUGACCAUCUGGGAGGCCCUAACCAACAGCAAGCCAGGAACUCACCCUUUUUCCUGUGACCCAAGUCGUCUGGAGAGGACCCCCCAGCACAAGCCUUGCCCCCCAUCCAGCCUCUAGUUCACCUCCUCCAGGAAGACGCCCUCCAACUGCUGCUAUGACAAGCAGCUACACAUUGCUAUGGAAAUCUCAGCUUGGAAAGAGGAAGAAGCAAAGCUUCAGUGGUGGUGUCUGGAGGAGGAAAUGCUGCAGCGCAUCAUCAAGCUGUCACUCAUGGAGAAAUAAAAGCUGAGUUACCAGUCAAGGGUCUGAGGGAAGGGUCUGGUCCGAAGACGUAUAGGAGAAAAGAUCAACAGAGGCUACUUUUAAUCUUAAAGCACAUUUUAAAGUGGUGGGUAGAAAUGCCAAAUUCCUCUUUAAAUGAUUUCAUAGGAUAAAAGUCUUCCUUUCUCUCUUAUCACCUUAGCCAGACCCUUCCCCUGAAGCCAUACUGUGAUGGGGCUGUCCUGCCUCAGACAGCCAGAGAGGGACGCCAGUUCCCUCUUUCUUGUGCCACAUGGUACUUUUUGUGACCAGUGCCAGUUUACAAUCAACAAUAAACCCAAGAGAAAGGGAAUGCCUCCUUGGAUGACUGAUGUCUGUCUGUUUGUAGGAUGUUUGUGUCUCUUUGUGAGUGUAUGAGUGAAUGUGUUUCAAAACCAGCUCUCCACACUGGGGUCACCAGGUCACCUUCUGCUCUGAAAACACACUAACACAAAUGCUGACUCCUUUUGCAGUUGAGUUGUGUGGUUUCUGUCUUAACUGUGAUUAAAUACAGAUUUCUUUCAAGCAGUAAAAAUGCAGGACCAGUUUUGUUGAGAAUACUGUAACCUUGUUGAGUUUAGUUAAAGGUAAACAAAGCAUCACAGUUUCUCAGUUUUUAAUAAAAACAUGAACUGGUUAUUUUUAUGAUUUGCACAAAAUCCAGAUGUACUGUAAUUUUGCCUGAUUUAUACCUCUGUGUUGAAUCUACACCGUAGUACACGCUGUUGGUUUUCAUUACCCUUCGUGAACCUUCCCAGAGGUCUGCAUGUAAACCCACCAAAAUGUAUCUGGAGGGGUUACAUGCAGAUCUUGUGAUUGGUCCUCUUGAGUGCACUGGUUGACUGUCUGUCUCUGUCUACAGUCAUGUUGUGUGUACUGUAGAGUGAGAUAAAUGGCUGCUGACAAUUAGUCAAACCUACUUGCCAGGAAUGCUGCCAUUAGGCAGUAAAAAAGGAGCCUCAUCAAAAUUUCAAGCCAUGAUAACCAUAUUUUCCCUUUAAUAACAGUCAUUCUUGGCAUUCAAAGAUCAGGAAUCUUUGGCCAGUUUUAACCCCUUUUCUCAAAACCAAGUAAGCCUUUUCAGUAAUGUUAAUUUGGAUGGGCCCAUUGAACUAAACCAGUGAUUUCAGACUUCAUAGCUAAACCAUGACCUGCACAAAAUUUGGGAUGCCAGAAAGAUUAGGAGACAAUGCAGGGCAACUUUCUAGGGUACAUUUGAACCCAGCAGUAACUUUUAAGCAUUUUUAACUCCAAAAGGAGGUAAAUGUUAACCAGGGUUCUCCUCAUCCAGCAUUUAUGUAUUGAUAUUGAUAAAUCACAUAAUCAUUGAAUCAUAAAUCAUAAAUCUUGGCAGGCCCAUUCAUGGGAUUUGAGGGGCCCAGCCAAUCCUGUGGGCAGGCCUUCUUGCCUUUCUCAAAAGCUGAACAAGCACAAAAUAUUAAACCUCUGCCUCAGCUGAUUCAGCAGCCAUCUUCUCUGUCUCCUCUUUUCUUUGUAAUAACUUUGAUAUGAUUACCUUAUACUGAAUAUUUAUCAGCUCCAGCUCCAACAUAAUGAGCUUGGUUUAAGUUUCCAUAGUUUUCUGUACACAGACAGGAAGUUUUGCAGCAGGACAGAAAACCAAGAUAGUCUGGCUGCAGACCGCAGCUCUUAGCUCACUAUUGUGAGAUGCUGCCUCUGUCAGAAUAGGAAACAUGCUAAAACUUUAACAACAAAAUCAAAUUAAACUUCUGGUUAGAGUUAUGGUAAGGGUUGGGAUACCAAAAGUUAAAAGUCAAAAUUUUGACCUGCAAAACUUGAUUACAAAACAUCUAAUAAGGCUGCGUUAACAGUCUGCUUACAGGAAGAAAGCUUGUCCUUCAUGAAAACACUCUAAUGCAGGUAACGUACCAAGUGCUAAAACUGACAAAGCAAUAUUAGCUACAUAGAUAAUGUAGAUACAUUUUAAGCUAAUAAAGCUACAUUAGCCAUGCAGCUAAUGUAGCUAUAUCUAAAGCUAAUGAAGCUAUGUUUAAGCUUAUACUACAUUUGAUUUAGCUUUAGCUACAUUUACUACAGCUCACAUUGCUAAAGCUAAGACUAAUCUAGCUACACAGGCUCAUAUAGUAAUGUUAACUACGUAGCUAGGUUUAGCUACAGCUAAUGGAGCUAAAGCGAGUCACUGUUCAUGUAUCCAUGGCUCAAAUAGGUCUAUACACAAUUUAAUCCCGGAUUAGACCUCUGACCUUUUUUCUGUUUUAUUCAUGAAAUCUUGCGUAGUCUAUAAUGUUUCAGUAGAUAUUUCAUGAAUGUAGCUGCCAGACCUAAUGUAUUAGUAAAGCUGAAUUUAAAAAACACAGCUAAAUUGGAAAUAUGUUGUACUGGCAAUUUACAUCUCUUCCAUUCUGACUUAGGCAGUACAUCACAGAAGUGGUCUGCAAGGAGUGGGUCUGAGAUCUGUGGUCUGCAGCCAGGCCCCUCUGUAGUAAACUGGGCUCAAAAUUCCCCGCUGAGUAGACAGAGUAUUAUAGAGCUCUGUGGACACACAAGUAUGAAGUUCUCACAAAAGCGUAGAUUUCUACAUAUGUACAGGUCACUGUGGUGUAGAUUCAACACAGAAACAUAAACAAGACUUUAGCUUGUUGGUGGAUCACAUAUGACUGUUAAUGGAUGUAGAUAAGGAGUUUGAGCACAAACUAGACUCAGGCCACUUUUAGUCAUGCUGAGGUCGGACUACACAAUCUUUUACAAAUUUCACUGUGUCAGAUUCCACGCUGUGAUCCGACCAGCAGUUAUGACUACCUGGUGUAUCCUAACCAAUCCUUACGAUCAAUGCGAUGAUGUUUCAAGGAAGAGGGUCUGAGAUAGACGACACCUGAAAAGAAAAUGGAGACAAACGUACUGGAUUUACUGUACAGUAUUACAAUGACUGAUGCCCUAUCUUCAUGCUAUUUCUAACAGCAGUUACUUACCAGAUUGCUAAAGUACGUCCACUAUUUCUUAUAAAAAAAUCUCUUUUUUUAGACUGUUAUGGUCUACGGCACAACAUAAAUUCAGGGAUUUUUUUGCCAGAGCUUUAGUAUGCAAACCUUCAUGUCCCAGCUUCAACAUCUUCAUUUGUUUAUCAACUUGGUUCGUAUACGCAUCUGGCUUUGCACUUGCAGGGCGCUGGAAAAUAAUGGAAGAAGGCAGAAAGAAAAAUCAAACAUGGUUGAUUGAUUUUCUGGGUUGUUGAAUCCCAAAAUUCUACAACUGCUAGAUCAGAUGAUGGACCUUUUGUACACACAUAACAUCUGUGAUGUCUCUCACUGCAGUGGACAGGGGUUGACUUUUGGUUACUAUGUAUUUUAGUGAUUAAUAACAUUCUAGGUGUAUUUGGGAGCCAUGAAAGUAAUAGAAAGUAUCAUAACUGAUAGGGGUAGACUGAUUAUUGAUGCAGUACAUUCCAUUUAUUAUCGGUAUUUGCAUUUUGUUUUACCAAUAAUCAGCCAAAAUCAGUUUAUUCAUAGGUGCGCUACUUUGGCUCCACUGCAAGGUUCGUCUAUCCCUUUGAUUUUAUUUUCAUUCUCUACAGUCUCACCUAAUGUCUUUCCCACAACACUAACUAAAUUAGAUGCCACCAGCCAAUCAACACUGAGGUCUGGGUCGCACUGACACAGGGAGUGUAUGGCAUCCCUUCCUGUUUCCUGCUGCAUCAGUGUUGAUCUGUGCUGUUACUCUUAUUGACAGAUACAGGGCUAAAUAGUUUUUCCUUCAUUUUCUAACAUGCAGUUUUACUUUUGUCACAUUGAGUACUUUCUGCUUUGGUUCCAAACCUCAGUUGCAUGGACUUAAUAAUUUAGCAUCAAUAUCUGCCCUGAUGAGCUAGUGUCAGUCGACCUCAAAUAAUCAAAUCAGCCUACUUAACACAAUUGUCAAAGCUGUGAAGACUGGAUGUAAAGUGAGUUCUCUCCUUCCAUAGGCAGUGAUCUUAAAGCAUACAAAAGCCUUGAUGGCUAUGUAACUUUCCACUUGUAUACCUCUUUGUUAAGUGUUUCAUUAAAAUAUCAAAUACCAUUCAGUUAAGGGUUGCUGUAAAAGGGUCACAUCAUACUAGUAUUAGCUGUAGCCCUCUCAAACCUUUUGCUUCCAAUGAAACGUCGGAAAUUACUGUUUAAUGCGUCAUAAAUUUAUUAGUUGGCAUUUGUAAGCCCUCUAAACCUUCCGUGCACAAAAUGUGCAAUACAAAGAUGACAGUGUGAAAUUUGGGCAUUGAUUAAUGGCAUCUGCUAAGUACCUUGUCCAGUCUGAAGUUGAAAGGAUGACGGGGAGGAGGGGGGCACAUUAUGUGACACCAUAAAAGGUCUAUAACUGAGUGUAGUCUGACCUCUGCAUUAGCCUGACUUUAGACAGCUAACUGUACGUGAAUGUGACGCCACAUGUGGCGGGCAUGUCUGUACUUUUAUUACAAACAAAGAUAAAUGGUAAUGUUGGUGAAUAGUGAAGUAGAAAUGUAACUGAAUGAGGUUUUCUGUAUAUUUGCUUCUCACCUUUCUGUAUUUUGAUGUGGUCACAGUAAAAAUGUACAAUAUUUCAGCAUGGUUUGCAUCAUUUUAGGUUUAUAUUAUUCCAUUUGAGUCCUGCCCUGAAGACCAGAGCAUGUCUGUAAAGGAAAAUGUAACCUGAAAGAUACACUGUAAAGCAACUGACAGCUAUUUUAGGUUGUAAUGCACCAUUUAGAGUCGGUGCUUUGACGUACCAUGAACAAAUGGAUUUAAAACAUUGUUUAAAUAUGGUCGCACAAUCAUGGACAUGGGUAACUUCAUGUCAGUGAGCUCAAAGCUUGCCUAACACAAUCAUUUUGUUUUAAGGGAUGAGGACUAAGAGCGUUAGCUUGUUUUUUUUAAUUCCUUAUGUUUUCCUAUAAAAUAUAUGUAAAAAAAAAUAA